AUGAACAGUGUUAUUCACAGCGAUCCUCUCUCUGCACCGCAUCUACUCGUGAACCGCCUCUCGCCUUCACGAUCAGACACGGGCACCUCUCAAAGCAUGUCCGGCCGCAAAAGGAAGGCCUCGGAAGAGCCCGCAGAGCAUGACCGCAUGUCAACGUCUCCAUCCGCCUCGCCCUCCGUCUCCAAUCGCCUCCUAUCCCCAUCGACAUCAGGCCGAAGUGUGAAGAGAAGCCGCACCGGCAGCGCCGUAGGGCGGCCGCUCUCACUCCCACGCCUGCUCCAGACGCUCUCCGCCGAGGACAUGAGACAACUCCUCCAAAACGUGUGCGAUGAACACCCCGAGAUACAGCAGGAGAUUGUGGUGAAAGCACCGCGGCCCUCGAUCGAAUCUACACUCUCGGUGUUAAGCAAGUACGAGAAUGAGUUUCAACGAGCCUUUCCACUAGGCAACCGCCCGACCUCAGACUACGCAUACAAUCGAGUGCGGCACCAUCUCCUUCACAUUAUAGACGCCCUACGAGAUUUCACCCCUCAUUUCCUCCCUCCACACGAAAUGCAAGCAACGCUGUCUCUCAACUACCUGGAUGCCGCUACCACCAUGAUUCAUCGGUUACCCGACUGGGAUACUUUCCAACACCAACGUCACAAGAACGAUGCGUACGACGAGGUCUCCAAGGCGUGGGCGCUGGUCAUCAGAGAAGCGGCAAAAAGAGCCGGGGGCUUCCAUCUGCAAUUUGGUGGGUGGGACCAGAAGUUGAUGGAGCACAAUCAGAAGAGUGGCGGAAAGAUGGAAGAGGCAAUUAACGAGAUGCGCGCGGCGCUAGGAUUCAUGCAGACGGGCCAAGCAGUGUCUCCAACUGCGGGAGUGUCGGAAGAGAGGCUGAACAUACGCCAGCAGUUGUUUUCAGGGGCAUAUGGGCAACAAGGUGUAUACGGCGUCUGA